AUGGUAGUGCUGCCGGAAGCUGGUCCACACUGUCGUACGCCCAGCUGGGCAACGUUUGCGCUGCCACAUGCGGAGCAGUCGUGGCUAGCGAUUGUGGUCGUAAAGUUGAAUGGUCGUAAGUUGCAUAGGUCGAGGGGCAAAAAAAUUAAAGAAAGAGUCAUUGCCCCUCCUGAAGUUCCCGAGAGUGGAGAUCUGGAUGAUGCUGCUGAAGCUAUCCUUGCUGCAGACUUCGAAAUUGGUCACUUUUUACGUGAGCGUAUAAUCCCAAGAUCAGUGUUACACUUUACUGGAGAAGCUAUUGAAGAUGAUGAUGAUGAUUAUGAUGAAGAAGGUGAAGAAGCGGAUGAGGAAGGGGAAGAAGAAGGAGAUGAGGAAAAUGAUCCAGACUAUGACCCAAAGAAGGAUCAAAACCCAGCAGAGUGCAAGCAGCAGUGAAGCAGGAUGGUCUACUUUCUGCUUUCCUGGAAAGGAUGAAUUUACAUCAUUUGACAAGCUAUUUUCAAGUUAUUUGUUGUUCGUUUGCUUGUUUUUGUUUUUGCAGUCCUAAAAUAAAAAUUUCAAAUA